UAUUACAACAAAAUAUUAACAUUAACACAGACCUUUAAAAUACAUCUUUUUUCAUAAUCAGUGUUCACAUGAUGUGUCCAAAAUGUCAAUUUUAACUUGGAUUAUAGAUGCUGUAUUUUUCCUGAUUUCAAAUUUGUUUUACUUUACUCUCUAUUAUAAGUCUAAAUGUUGUGAGACUUAUAUCAACGGCUAUAGCGAUUCCUAGCUUUUAAGGAAGGGAUGUACUAUUUAUUGAUCGGAGCAUUGAUUCUGAUGAAUGUGACAUGCAACUGAUUGAUAAUCGUACGCCAUUAUAUGACCUCAUUAAUUAUAAACAUAGAUGGCGUCAUUAAAAAUUUAAAAAGUUAACAGUAAAGCCUAGAUGAUAAUAUUUCACGUAUUGUCAUAUUAGGCUAAUGUGGAAAUAUGCUGUACCUAUAUAUUCACAAACAUAUUUUCCCAAAACAUAGUCGAAGUGUAGGUCCGUUUGACGUUAUUAGUAAAUCAAUUUUAGAGAAAACAAACAUACAUGUACACAACACAGGAUACAAUGAGUUUAAAAAGUUUGUACAGCAAUAUACAAAUGUGUAAAAUAUAUAUCAAAAAUUAAGGAAGCAAUGCUAAUAUUCCUUGUAAUAGAUUUUGUAUUUCCUUCAAACCUCGAAGUACUUCCGUGUUCAUCGUAUAAUAAUGGCUGGACGCACACAACAUGCAAAAAAACAACAACCUGAAUAUCGAUUAUGAAUAUGAAAAAAGUUUUAAAAAUUUAACAUUGGCAAUGUUGACUUAACCUUUUUCCAAAGAGCGAUUGUACCUCAAAAGACUCUACCUACAAGAGGAUAUUCCCCGAUUGUCCUAACAAACUGUUGUAAGUUGGAAUUGGGAUCAAAUUUAUUCCCACCCACUCAACAUAGAAAAAAGAAGUACUACCCCACGAUGGGAGACCCCCUGUUCACGAGACACAUCUGACUCCCUGCCACCCAUGGUCAUCCCAGUGGAACAAGCUCUUCGUGCAAUGUCCGUGAAAUCCACUCUACAGAAAGAUGCUGCGAUUGUUUUAAAGAAAAACUACAUACCAGUCCUAGGACGUAGGUUAACGAAUUCUUUCUUGAUUACGAACUUGGAGACCGCCGACAUGGAAGGGUUGAAUUUGGUAGAGGAAUCUGAUAACAUGCAGACUGCUUGCAAAAACAACAACAUAUCGACAAUUUUACUUAAUGAGUACCGACUUUUGUCUACUCUGGCGGUAUUUCUGGAGAAAGUGCUAGAGGAUGAGGUGUACUUUGAGCACAGUGAGCUCUAUGACCUCAUGGCACCAGUUCAAGACAAGCUUUAUGAACUCAUGUGUGAUUUACAUACCACCUUAUACACUAUUCUUCAUGUCACCAUUGAAAAUCAUGUGACACGUGACGUCAUGAAUACUGAUUUAAGAAGCUUAUCAGAAGACCGAUCGAGUCGCUACUACAGGGAUUAUGUCAUCUACAGUAAAAACAUUCAGUAUCUCAAUCAUUUAUCUGCAAAAUUUCUGAAUCUGACGACUUCUUCAUAACUAACUAGUACAACGUUGAAACCUGACGUCCUGAAGAAAUUUUUUUUUCUUCUUGCUCCAGUGAUAAUAGUGUUGUUCAUUUUUAUGACACUAAUAUUUUUAAAAGAUCCACAGAAAAAAAAUUUAUCUCUGAGUUGGAAAAAAAAAAUCCAAAUACUAUUUUUACCAAAAUUUUAUGUGUUGUUUUCCAGUCUUUGAGACAUAAAAAAGUGAAAAUGUCGAUAAAAACAAACCACAUUUUUGAAAAUUAGUGCCGAUUUUUAUUAUGUUAGAGAACGAUCCGUAAGCGUGACUUAUGGCUUUUUAAGCUGACUUGUAUUAUGUGUAUGAUGGACAGUGUUUACAAUAUUAUGUGUAUGAUGGACAGUGUUUACAAUAUUCCAUGAACCUGGUAUAAUUGACUUUAUGUUCUAAAAUACUUAUUAGACUCUUAGUGGUAAUCUUUAUUGUUUUACAUGUUAUAUGAUAAUUGAAUUGGUUUAUUUGUUAUACCUCAUAUUCAAAGUUGUGCAAUAUGCUUGAUUUAAUCUUAUUUUUAGAUGUAUCUAUUUUUAUUUUGCAUUAUAUUUAUAGUGUUGUGAAAGUUUUGAACGGAAAUAAUGUACUUAAAUAAGAAAAAUUUAUAAGGACAUAGCAUAUUAAAUGUCUUUUUUAAAAAGAAAUGAGAAUGGGAGCGUAUAUUUAUUUUUUUUAAUUUUAUUAUUCAUAUCUGGGUUUUUUUUAUUAUUUAUUAACAUCGUUUAGCGCUUUAUGCAAAACGGAAUCUGUGAUAUUUUUUACACAGUGCAUUAUACCUGGUAUUUAUUUGCAAUAAAAUGGAAA